AGAUGCUCCGCGCCUUGAUUCUCCUUGCAGUUCCUACAGUAAUUCUGGCGUUGGGAAGAACGCAAUCAGUUGGAGUCAAAGGACAGCUUAUAUGCGAAGAUAAACCAGCUGUUGGAGUUAAAAUUAAAAUUUAUGAUGAAGAUAAACUGUCCCCAGAUGAGCUUAUGGUAUCUGGAAAGACUGAUUCCUCGGGAAGAUUUGACUUGAAGGGAAGUGCAGAUGAAUUCACAUCGAUUGAACCAAAAAUCAAUAUCUACCAUGACUGUGAUGAUGGAAUUAAACCUUGCCAGAGAAAGAUCACAGUUUAUAUUCCAUCUCAAUACAUCUCAAGUGGAAAAGAUCCAAAGAAGAUUUUCGAUUUCGGAACUCUCCAAUUGGCUGGUAAAUUCUCAGGAGAGACUAGAGAUUGUUUGAAUUAAAAAUUGUAUAUUUUAUUUGUUAAAGUCAAAAAUACUCAAUAAACAUGUAAAAAGU